AUGUGCACGAGAGGCCAUUGGAGGCCUGCGGAGGACGAGAAGCUCAAAGAUCUGGUUGAGAGAUACGGGCCGCAUAAUUGGAACGCGAUCGCCGAGAAGCUACAAGGAAGAUCAGGUGCACCAUAUAGACUUCAUAUAUGCGUCUUUUUACUGGUCUUUCUUUGCACUCUAUUCCCGUAAAUUCCAAUUUUCCUUAGGUUAAUCAAAAUAGGGAGAAGCCUUCAUGCGGCCUCCCCUCUCUUCACAUCUUCGCUUCUUCUUUUGGACGUCCCCGGCGUGAAUAUUCAAGAAAAAUUCAAAAUAGCAGGGAAAAGUUGCAGGCUGAGAUGGUUCAAUCAGCUGGAUCCGCGGAUCAACAGGAGCCCCUUCACGCCGGAGGAAGAGGAACGUCUCCUCGCAUCACACCGGAUCCACGGAAACCGGUGGGCUGUGAUCGCUCGGCUCUUCCCUGGGCGGACCGACAACGCCAUCAAGAAUCACUGGCAUGUGAUCAUGGCUCGACGAUGCCGAGAGCAGUCCAGGUUGAGAGCCGGCGAGCCGACCCAUGGCCCCUCGAAACCCCAGAACCUCGUCAGAGGAACGGAGAACAGGCUACAGGAGAACACUUCUCCUGAAAACCUUGGACCCUAUGGCCAUCUCCGGAUCCUUACAGACAUGCAUUCCGAGUUCCACCGACAGCCUCCGAGGGCUUCCCCAAGUAGGUGACUGCUACAAUAGUAUUGAAAUCAUUGUGACAAAAUCAAUUCGUAGAUCUAAUAUUCCUAUCCUCAACUAGCUACGAAUUACUCAUCUAAUUCUUUCACGUGGCAUGGGAACUCGAAAGAAUCGACAUGCACUAGCGAUAAUUGUUAGAAUAGUCAUGCAUCUAGGGGACAAACUAAAUGGUAAUUACAAUAUGUGGGGCGACUAAACUCUUUGUCAAUCGAUAUGUAGCUGUGUAGGUCAGCCUCUUCUACAUUUAUGUCAAUAAAUAGAAGCUUGCCCUAAGCUAUUUACCUCAUCCCUCUUCAUUUCUCACAUUGUUUUUCUGUGAUCUGAUCACCGAUGCAGGUCAACGGGUCGAGUUUUACGACUUUCUUCAGGUUAACCCUGACUCCGAAGACCAGACAAAGGUAGGAGAAGGGCGGAUAGAGCACGGACAACCAACCGAGGAGGCAGGCCUUCCCUUCAUAGAUUUCUUGGAGGUUGGGAGGUGCUCCAGUGACCUAAACUAG